AAAAUGAAUGUUUUCAUCCGUGGGACUUGCCAAGAAAUGUGUACCAAAGCGGAGAUCGACCUGCGAAUCCGCGAAAAGCUGGUGCAUUUCUUCGAAACUGAUCCCGAUGCGGGACGUCCCGGCGUACCGGAUCGGCAUCGAAUGGUGAAGGAGUUUUCCCGAUCUGCUGCCGACCGGCGACAACCAAAACCAUGGGAAAUACGCACACCAAGCAUGCUACUAGAAACCGUCCACUAUUUGCUUACAAUGUAUUACAGCUUGUGCUUACUGACACCCGGCGUCCGUACUACCAGCGGUUUGAAUUUAUUUUCGACCGAAUGCGUGCCAUCCGACAGGAGAUGGUCAUACAGAAUCUCCCCGCGAUGGAAACGCUACCGAUACUGGAACCGAUUGUACGAUUCCUCGCCUAUAGCGCCUACCAUCUUUGUGAAGUUCCGAUAGCAGAGUUCGAUCCAAAAAUAUGCUCCCAGCAUUUACAGGAGUGUUUAAAAAAAGUGCUCCGUUGCUACGAAGAACUUGACCAAGCAUCCAUUACCGCCUCCAAUUCGAACCGCUUUGAAAUGGAACGCCUGUAUCUUUCGUUCAACAUCGGUAGCACGGAAGCAACACAAUCGGCCAUUACACGAUACGGUGCAAGUGAACCAAAGCUACGGCUUCACAUUACCACACAGCUGGAGUGCCAUCGGGGCAACUAUUUCGCCGUAAUGCAAAACAUGUUUCAGUACGCUCCGCUAGAAGCGGCCCUCGCAUCAUUACAGCUUCCCCAGUUCCGGCGACAGAUUCUGCACCAAUUCUCGAUCGCGUACCAAAGCCGCGUGCAAACGGUACCGCUCGAAUGGUUGGAAAGCAUACUGCAUUACGAGGGCCGCGAGCGCACGUGCCUACUGGACGACUGCCGCCACUAUAACCUUCAGCUGGUGGCGAGAGACAAUGGACAGCGGUCCGCCGACGGUAACCGUAACUGGGCGGUGAAAUUCGAGAAGGCAACGUUUGAUGGUCAACGAUGCGCGAUUCCACCACGAAAAGUUACUCCAAUCGAAGAUGCAUUAGAAAAUUGUGGAAAUAUUUCGAGGAUGUUGCUUGACGGGUUUAACGACUAGUACGGG